CCCCCUUUUUGCAUAAAGAGUUCUACUCGCGUCCCUGGCUCUAGAGCUCUGUUGUGUUCAGUUGUCGAUAUUGGACCACAACGUUGCGCGACACUUUUUAACUGUCUUGGGUCAUUGACCAUUUUAGCAAGUAUGAAGCGAGAGUCUGGGCCCCAAAAUGUAGUAGAUACUCCUAAUGGAACAGCAGUUGACGGUCCGAAGUCCUGGCUGGGUGGCCUGCCUACCUACCCUCGCAGUCAGGUACCACCUGCAUACAGAGAGCCAUUCAUUAUGAGUGGCUAUCGCAAGACCAACAUCUCUCUCUCCGAGUGUCUGGCCUACACUCUGGUGUGGCACAACGAUGUCUGCAACUUCUGGUCCCACUUCCUCCCUCUCCUGGUCUGGCUGCCCUGGCUCUGCCUCCUCUCUCUCACCCACCACCUCUCCCAGCCUUUCUACUACCCUCUCCUCUGCUUCUGGUUCGGCAGCUGUGCCUAUGCCCUGUUCAGUAGCAUCGCUCACCUUUUUGGCGCCAAAUCUCACCUGGUCCGAAACGUCUGUUUCAUGGCCGACUAUAUUGGUAUUACUAUCAUUUAUGCCGGUGGAGGACUCUAUAAUCUCCACCAUCAACUGCCUCUAUCCUCCUCACUCUACGACUACCUCUUUCCUCUUGUGUGCCUCCAUUUGCUGGCCUGUGUGGUAGCUGCUCUCUUCGGCUCUCUGUCGCGGUUCUUCUGGUUCAGACAGAGGUUCCUGGUCAGAGCUCUGGCCUUCUUUCCAGCCUAUGUCAUCUGUAUCACUCCAUUCACUCUGAGGAUGUUGUCGUGUGCAUCAACUGGACAAGACUGCAUCUGGCCCACCUUCCAUCUCCAUUUCCUAUCGAUCCUGCUAACGUGGAUCGUUGUCUUUUUCUUUGUGAGCAAGAUCCCAGAGAGGCUGGCUCCUGGCAGAUUUGAUAUCUUCCCUCACAGCCACACUCUCUUCCACAUCUCUGCUGUAGCACUCACCACUAUGCAGAUGUACAUAUUCCCUCAGGAUUCUGAGAUCAGGAAGACUCAACUGCUGGAGAAGGUUUCUCCGUCGUUCAUGACUCUGAUUCUCCCGUUCCUGGUGAUGAUAUGUGUGGGGCUGGUGCUGGUCCUGUUCCUGGCCUUCCUGCUGAUGAGAGGUGUUCUGGUCCCCCACGGAGUGGGCAGCACUCUCUCCUCCCUCCACGGAGGGCCACACACAGUGGACACUCCCUCUACAAAUGGAGGUCCCUGUUGUAUACCUCCUCUCAAGAAACAGCAGUAAUCGGACAUAUUUAUCAAAUUGUUUUUCCAUCUGAAGUUGUUCUGUAUGCUUUUGUGUUCAGUGUACAGUAUUUAUAACACAA